UUAUGUAAAUCCAACAUGGCGGCCGCCUGCACGAGAGCCCUCUGUAAGGUCGGCGGUGGCAUUUUGGAGUCUGCUGCCGCCCGCCGGUCCGGUACCGUCUUUUCCUAUCUGCCGGGGUCCAGGAGGGCGUUCGGUUCCGGAGGGUACCGGUCCAAGCUUCUGACCUACCUGCGGACAGGAGGAGGAGCAGGGGGGAGAGUGCUCGGCUGCGCCGUCCUGCUCGGUGGAGGGUUUGGUUCAUAUCAGACUGUGAAGUUCAGGCUCCAGCAGCACCUGGCCGAGGAGGAGACCAAGGUCUCAGGAGGAGGAGGAGUGAAGUUGACCCUGUACCAGUACAAGACCUGCCCGUUCUGCAGCAAGGUGCGAGCCUUUCUGGACUACCACGGGCUGCCGUACGAGGUCGUGGAGGUGAACCCGUUGAUGAGGAAGGAGAUCAAGUGGUCGCUCUACAGAAAAGUGCCGAUCCUGAUGGUGGACAGCGACGUGCAACUGAACGACUCGUCCGUCAUCAUCAGCUCCCUCAAGACGUAUUUGAUCAGCAGGGACAAAAGCAUGUCCGACAUCCUGCGCUGCUACCCGGAGGUGAAGUCCGUGAACGACCGCGGGAAGGAGGUGACUGAGUACGGCAACAAGUACUGGGUGAUGCUGGGAGACUGCGAGGCGGCGGCGCUCUACCCCGACAAGGGGGCACAGAAAGAGGAGAGGAAGUGGCGUCAGUGGGCCGACGACUGGCUCGUGCAUCUCGUCUCGCCCAACAUGUACCGGACCUCCGGCGAGGCCUUGGCCUCCUUAGAUUACAUCGUGCGGGAGGGGAAGUUCGGCACGUACGAAGGAUUCUUCGCCAAGUACGUCGGCGCCGCCGCCAUGUUCCUCAUCGCCAAGCGGCUGAAGAGUCGACACCAGCUGCAGGACGACGUGAGGCAGGACCUCUACAAGGCCGUUAACGACUGGGUGGCGGCCAUCGGCAAGAAGAGGAAGUUCAUGGGCGGAGAUCAUCCCAACCUGGCCGACCUGAGCGUGUUCGGUGUCCUGCGGGUGAUGGAGGGCCUGCAGGCCUUUGACGACAUGAUGGAUAACACCAAGGUCAAAGGCUGGUACCGCCGCGUGGAGCGGGCGGCGCUCCAGCACGAAGGCAGAGAACACAUGGAACCGUAAAGAACCGAGAGCACACGGAACCGUAAAGGACGAAGAAACGAGUUCAAACCUGCAGACAUUGAAUUCGAGCAAGAGGUCUCAGUGAAAACCAUCAGCGGCUCGCUGCCCUCUGCUGGUGAACAGCCGAUUGUCACAUCGAUUGUUUCUGAAUGAACACGGUUUAUUUUGGCUGCUGCAAGCAUUCAAAUAAUUGUAAUGACAAAUAAAAUGUAAAAACCUAUUAUAAUUUUUCCUGAUUAUAUACAAAAUAAUUUGCUUUGGUUGGAGGAAAAUUAACCAUCGCUGACUUGUAAGUGAUUGAAAUGGUUGAUAUUUGUAUUAAGUUGAUUUAAAGGCCCAUACCUUCAGUUAUGUCUGGAGAAAAAUAAAUAAAGUUAAUUAGAAUUUU